AUGCCAAAGAAACCGCAGAAGACGUCCUACACUUCCAAUGACGUCGCCGUCCCCGCCGACUUCCUCUCCAGGCCGCCGCCCCCCGGCGCGCCGCCCGUGACUCUGAGAAAGAUCGACUGGUCCGCGACGCCGCUGCCAGAGAACGGGCCGCGCUACGCCGCCGUGAUCGACAACGUGCUCACCGCCGACGAGUGCGCGCGGCUGGUCCGCAUGGCCGAGGACAGCGCGAAGGGCCGCGGCGACGCGGGCGACGAGCCGUGGCAGCCGGCCAUGGUGAACAUCGGGCCCGGGUGGGAGGUGCUCGAGCCGCACUACCGGAACAGCGACCGCAUCAUCUGGGACCAGCAGGAGGUCGUCGACCGGCUGUGGGCGCGGUGCCGGCUCGCUCCCGGGCUGGAGGACCAGCUGAAGGAGGUGGCCGGCGUGGGGAAGACGAGAAAGGGGGAGGAGACGCGGUGGGUGUUUAACCGGUUCAACAAGCGGAUGAGGUUUCUGAGGUACCAAAAGGGGCAAUUUUUCAGGCCACAUUGCGACGGCCCCUACGGCGAAGAGGGCGCGGACGGGACCGUCUUCCGCACGUGGCACACCGUCCAUCUCUACCUCAACGACUCAGCGGCCGAGGUCGGGCCAGAGAGGUCGGACCUCGUGGGGGGCGCGACGACGUUCCUGUCGGGCGACGAGAAGCGGCGGGUCGACGUCGACCCGCGGGCCGGCAGGGUACUCAUUUUCCAGCACGCGGGACUGUACCACUGCGGCGACGACGUCGUCGAGGGGACCAAGCUCACCAUGAGGACCGACAUCCUAUACGAGCUGGUGAGAACCAAGAUCGAGACGGGUCGUCAGGGUCGGUAA